GGCUCACGCGAUGAAGAUGCAGAGGCUUGAAGGUGGAGAUGUAGCUUCGUCGUCGUGGCUUAAGAGCCGUGAAGAAUCUCUACGCUGACGAUCGUGAUGAUGAUGAUGGAGCUCUCGGGCGAGAAGAGAAGAGAAGAAUGUGGCACUCGACGACAAAGCGGGGGUCAACGCAAACAGUGGCAGAAAGGAACGCCUAGUCCACCAAAGAUAGCUGAUGCAAAUCAGACCCCACGUGGUCAGUAUGAGGGACCAGACAAAUACGACGAAUACUUGCUACAGCUACAGCAUAAGAAUAGGUUGCUGAAGCAGUUGAAAGCCAAGGAUGAAAAGCAGAUAGCCUUGGAGAGAAAAGAGCAAGGGUUUUCACUGUAUGUCAAUGGGGCAUAUACUAACCUAGCUGGAGCCAAGCAUUCCCCUCGAAAACCAACCACAAAGAAGCCCAAAACUGCAGGAGAUUACCCAAGGAGAGCUGUGAUUGGUCAGAUCAAUGCAGAGGAUGAUCUAGAUGGGGUCGACAGAGCUAAGACAGCACCAGGGAAGGUCCAACGGAAGAACUGGACCCAGGUCUCUGUUGAUAUCAAGACAGACCAAGGAGAGAGGUUGAAAUUGAAGUCAAGAAUUGCCCAAGCUCCAGAGUAUUCAGAAGAUUUUGAGGUGUACCAGAGCAUGGCUUCCCAGGCUGAUCAGGAUGAUGAUGGGAAUGAUGAUGAAGGAAGGAGAGAUGAAGAGGAAGAUGGAGAAGAUGUCAAGGAUGAGGAGGAGAAAAGAGAUAAAAGUACUGAUGGUGAUGAUGAGGAUGAAGAAGACUACUCACAGCUGACAAAGCAGAUGACAGUGAUCCUAGAGGGAGGCUCGGAUGGUGACAGUGAUCUGGAGAUCGAUGCUGGUCAAUACACCAAGGAAUCGUCUCGGCAUCGGAAGAGAAGGAGUAAAGAUGGAAGAAGUGAGGAGGAGGAGGAGGAGGUUGAUGAAGAAGAAGAUGAUUAUGAUGGUAUUGUAAACCAGCAACUGCUUCUCAGCAUUGAAGAUGUUAAGACACUAAGGAGGAGUUUAGAGGCUAAUCCACACAUAAGGAGAAGUAUCUGUAGAAAGGGAGAAGAAGGACUGUAA